AUGGCCUUCUUCAAAAAGUUUACCGACGGCAUCGCCGAUGACCUUGGCCGCUUGGGCCUCGGAGACAACAAAAACGACCGCAAGGAUGAUGCCUCCUCGUCCAACCGCGAUGGCGUAAAUCCCCCUCAGCCCUACUCAGGCUCGGGUCACUACCAAUCCCCUCCCCCGCCCCAGGGCGAUCCCUACUCGCAUCCGCCGCCUCACCAGUCGAACUACUCCUCGCCACCGCCCCAGACCCCUUACGCCUACCCUCCCGAGGCCGGGCCCCGGCCCCCGCCGCCGUACACUCCGCCGGCUGACAAGCCCCCGAUUCCCUCGGGCUGGACUCCGCGCUGGGAUGACCAUUACCAGCGCUGGUAUUAUGUAGAGGAGUCGAGCGGACGCUCCCAGUGGGAAGUUCCCGGCUACGAUCACUCCUCCCACCGUCCCCACGGGGAUGAGAGUCGUGGUCACGAUACCCCGGGUGGUGGCUACUUCCCCCACGGUGCCCCCACUCCCGGCGUUCCCACCCCGGGCUAUGGUAGUCCGUAUGGUGCCCCUCAGGCUAGCCCCGGUGGACAGCCUGGUUAUGGCGGCCUCCCCGGCUACGGCCAACCUAGCCCUUAUGGCGGCGGAUACGCCAGCCCCCAGCCGGGUCACGAUGACCAGCGCGGUAGCCACAAGGAGAAAAAGAGCCACAGCGGCAUGAUGAUGGGCGCUGCCGGUGGCCUCGCCGUCGGUGCCAUUGCCGGUGCCGUGAUCGUCUCACCAACUCGCAGCAGCCAGCAAGCCGCGUACGCCGCCGCUCCUGCCGCGGCCGCCUACGCGCCCCCGCCGGAGCCGGCCCAGGAGCCGGCGCCGACCACCAUCGUCUACGAGACCAACAACUACUACUACAACGAGCCGCCUCCUCCGGCGCCGCCCGCCGACGACGAGUUCGAGCGCGGCGUCAUCCCCACGCACAACGCCUACGGCGAGGAGAUCGACGGCAGCGACCGCGAGUCCCUGCGCGAGGCCCGCGACGACUACGAGGAGGCCCUCGAGGCCGCUGCCAGCUCCUCCGCCAGCAGCAGCGAGCAGGAGGAGCUGGAGGAGGCCCGCGAGGAGUACGAGGAGGAGUAUGAGGAGGCGUAUUACGAGGAGUAA